AAUUGUAGGCCUUGAAGUUUCGUCUAGUGAGGUUGGGCCCGAUCCUGGAGGGCCCUGCAGGCCGUUCUGAGUUUAGAUGUGAUGCUGCUGGUUAUAGCAGGCCGGUAGAGGGGGUUUAAACAUAGGAGCAGUGUGCCCUAGAAAGAUCUCUCUGGCUGUUGGGCUAGGCCCAACUGAGUCUUUGGAAGUAAGUUCGGAGAGGAAGUGGCUGUAGCACCUAGAAUGAGAAGUUUCGUGGAACUGUGGCUGCUCGGACACUCGGCCGAGCCUGGCACAGAGGGACUUUGAUAAAGGCUUGACCUGCAUAGAGUUGAGCCCAUGCAGAAAGUAGCAGGAUCUAGACCAGACUUGAAAUGCUUUCUUGUGGUGUGACCACCGAGUGACCUUAGUCCCUUUCCUCUCUCCAGCUUCCUUUCCCUACGUGUGUCAUAAAGUGAGUGCUAAUUCCUCUCCUGCAGGUGACAGAGAAAUCCUGCAAGGGAAGUUUCGGUCCAUCCUCGGUUUAGAGCCCGCCUGUAGCUCCCCAGAGACUUAUCCCCUGAGCAUCCCAGCCCUCCCGAUUUGACCCGUUUGCCUUCUGUGCUCCUCUUUACACCCCUCCCCCCCUCCUGUCUUGGACCUGUGCUUUUGUUGUUUUUUACCCCCACCUUCCCCCUCUGAACUUGCCUUGAGGCUGCAAGUUUUUCACCCCUACCUUCCUCCUCUGAACUCACUUGGCCUCCUGUUUAGUAUACCUUUCUUAAGUAGUGAUGUUCAGCCUUUGCUAGAAUUAUGUAUUCAGGUCCUAUUUCUCUUCCAGAUUGUGAGUUUCCUGAGAGCAUGGGUGUGUCUUACUCCUUCCAAAGCCCCUACAGGGCCCGGCACAGGGAAGAGAAAUCCGGUGUUUCUUAAGAUGGCCUGAUAUGAAAGAGUCACACCUCCAGCCUCCACGAACCCCCAGAGCUGCCCCGUGGCUGCCUUGUCCUUCAAGUGCAGGAGCCGGUUGAAGUGUCGGGAAUGGAAGCCAAUGUGACCAUCCCAAUCUGGCAAAACAAGCCCCAUGGGGCUGCUCGAAGUGUAGUGAGAAGAAUUGGGACCAACCUGCCCCUGAAGCCAUGUCCCCGGGCUUCCUUCGAGACCCUGCCCAACAUCUCUGACCUGUGUCUGAGGGAUGUACCCCCAGUCCCUACUCUGGCUGACAUCGCCUGGAUUGCUGCCGAUGAAGAGGAGACAUAUGCCCGGGUCAGGAGUGACACACGGCCCCUGAGGCACACCUGGAAGCCCAGCCCUCUGAUUGUCAUGCAGCGCAAUGCCUCGGUGCCCAACCUGCGUGGGUCUGAGGAACGGCUCCUGGCCUUGAAGAAGCCAGCCCUGCCAGCCCUAAGCCGUACCACAGAGCUGCAGGAUGAGCUGAGCCACCUGCGCAGCCAGAUUGCUAAGAUAGUAGCAGCCGACGCAGCUUCGGCUUCAUUAACGCCAGAUUUCUUAUCUCCAGGAAGUUCAAAUGUUUCUUCUCCCUUACCUUGUUUUGGAUCCUCAUUCCACUCUACAACUUCCUUUGUCAUUAGUGACAUCACCGAGGAGACCGAGGUAGAGGUCCCUGAGCUUCCGUCAGUUCCCCUGCUUUGUUCUGCCAGCCCUGAAUGUUGCAAACCAGAACACAAGGCUACCUGCAGCUCAUCUGAGGAGGAUGACUGUGUCUCUCUGUCCAAGGCCAGCAGCUUUGCAGAUAUGAUGGGGAUCCUGAAGGACUUCCACCGCAUGAAGCAGAGCCAAGACCUGCACCGGAACUUACUAAAGGAGGAAGACCCUGCCGUCCUGAUCUCCGAGGUCCUGAGGAGGAAGUUUGCUCUGAAGGAGGAAGAUAUUAGUAGAAAAGGAAACUGACAGAACUCAGCUCUGCAAAUUCAGUCUCAUGCUCCUGGAAUUCCUUCAGUAGCUGCCUUCCUCACCACAGACCUUUCUGCCUCAGUUAGAAAUACUUUUGCAGAGGUCUUGCGGAAAGCUAGAGCUCAGACUGAAAGCGAAAAGCUGGAUUAUGCUUCCUUUGCUUCAAACCUUAGCAGAAGCUAAGGAGUGGUUUGCACUGACACUUGUUCCAGUAAAUGUAUAGGUUGGAAUGUCUCCGUCUAAAGGAGGAGAUAGAAGUUUGGCUUUUCCUGCCUCCGUGUGAAAAUCACUUCUAAAUGAAUGGCUUACUUCACUGCAUUAGACCCCAUAACUGGUCUCACCGGACACUUUGUGCCCAGCUAUCACUCUCCGCGGAUUCCUUGCAGCAGAGCAGGGCUGAGGGGAGGGGGGCUGGUUUGUACGUGUUGACAGGGCAAGGAAAACCUUAUGCUGCUCCAUCGUAAACGGACACCAGUGCCCAGCAAUCACCCUCUUCCCCCUUCCCCAGUCCAGCACCUAGAUACAGGUCACACCUCUGGACCAGCUGACACUUGGGCUGCUGCUGGGAGGCCUGGGCUGCUUUUUUCUUACAUAUAUUUUUUAAUACUCUACAACGAGAUCUACCCUCCCAGGGCCUGGGCCCUCAUGGGUUCCACUGAUUGGAAAGGUUUUCUCUUCCAUGGACUUUAGUUUAAGCCCAGUAGGAAGGAGAAAUGGGGAGGAUAAAAGAGUACCAUCCUUCUUCCAGGCCCUUGAUUGCCCCUUUGCAUUGGGCCAAGGUUUGUACCUUCCACACCAUGCAUGACUCAGACGCCCUCAGGUCCCUCUCUCUGUGGUAUGUGUCCUGUGUUUGGGUUGAAGCACUGCCUGACAUUAAAUGAAGGAUAUGGAGAGAUACUGCAUCUGCUGUUUGUCUGAGUUGGGACCACGUUGUAUCCCCCAUGGGUAUAGGAUUCCUGUUCAUUUUAAGGUAUGUGAACUUUCACAAAAAGAGGCUUCCCCUCUUUUCUUAUGAAGUCCUGCCUAUAAAAGAAAACUUCUGUAGGGAGCCUCUCUUGCCCUUCUGUAGGGAUUUUACCCAAACUCUUAAAAGUAGUUCCAUCUUACGGCUUGCACACUUGCCCUCUAGAGGCGGUUUAAGCCUCUUACGACAGCCAGCCUGUGGGUAACGUCUCGGCUAGAACAGAGGGGUUCGGGUGGGACCCGGCAGUGACAGAGCAUAUGCUAUUAAAAAGUUGUUUUCCUAGAAAUAAAAUGGUAAUGUUUUAAUUA